AGGGGGCCAACAAUUUUUCACACCACUGUACACAUAUAUACACACACACAACAAAAUGUGUGUGGUCACAUCACUUUUUUUAUUGGUUUAUCUAAAUUUGCAGUUGACUUACCUGCUCUUGUUGUAGGACAUAUGUUUGUGGUCAUUGUGCCAAUGUUGGGGAAAGUUACUUUAAAAAAAAAUGCAUUACAAUAUUGCAUUACUCCCUAAAAAAGUAACUACUAGUUACUUUUUAUGGAAAGUAAUGCGUUACGUUAUUUUUGUGUUACUUUUUUAAUCUGGGCAGGGCAUGCUUGUUUAUUUUUAAUAUAAAAAAGUUCUAUUUUUGGCGACUGUAAAGGCCCUUUCACACCAAAAGUGAAAUGAAUAAGCCUCAGGCUGAAGGGAAAGUAAAUUCAUGUCUGUACAGUAGAAAGCAGAAGAAGAAAGUUAAUUCUUCAUUUAAUUAUUGCAGGUUUGCAUCAUAUUCUGAGUUCCAUUUCAGUGUUUUUAUUCAUUUUGAGGAAUACUGAAUCUUUGUUUUGUUUUGUUUUUUUGUUUUUUUUGCGAGUGAAAUGAAUUAAUGCACGUUUACAUUUAUUCUAGAACUACAUCUCACUCCCGAUUUCUCUCAACAUGGAGACAGGAGAGCUGUCAAUCAAUAAAUGGGGGGAAAAAGUAACUGGCGUUAAUUAUUUGAAAAACUAACUCAGAUAUUUUCUUGUAAAUUAAAAAGUGUUACUUUACUAGUUACUUGAAAAAAGUAAUCUGAUUACGUAACUCACGUUACUUGUAAUGCGUUACCCCCAACACUGAUUGUGCAUGGUGGUACUGCAUUUCCUUUUGCAUAAACCUAAUACACUUGUGAGGAUGUGAGCAUUUAGCACCUCUAGAAGAACCUUGUGUAGGUGGGAAAUGCACAACAUAAAAAUAAGAGCGUGACCACAUUCUAUAAGGGUGGAUGUGGUUAGAACAUUUAAGAGCUGCCAAGACACAUUUAUGCCAGAAUCACUUCUCCGGUCAAGGAUUGUUUGAUGCUGCUGCUGCUGAUCUGCCAGGCUGUAUCACACUGAUGUGAGUAUGUCUUUCUGUCUGUACCAAAGUCUGGAUUCUGGAUUCUGUAAGAUGCAAGUUCCUCAAAUGAGAGUUCCUUUGACGCAAAUUGAUUUAUUUUUUUUAUUUUUUUGAGUAAAUUUGAUAGGUGCAAACAAUACUUUUAGACUGGGUUAAUUAGUAAACUUUUGGUUUAAGAUGUAAAUAUUAGACUCUAAAAUGCAUUUUACAUCUAAAAGUCUUGUUUUUUUAUAUUGUUUUUUAAAUUUUAGUUGAAAAUUUAUUUACCGUGAAGAAUUUGUUUAGUGACUGUUCUAACCUUUUUUUUUUUUUCAAACUUAGGUGCCUACAUGUAACAAGCGAAUGUUAGAAAUGUGUUCAUGCAGUGUGAUUCAUUUUUUGAAGUACAAAAUGUAGUGUCAUGCAAUAAUAAAUAGCCUAAUUAAAAAUUCAAAAAUGAUUCUUAAAAAUAAUCAUUAAAAAAUGUUGUUUAGAUUGUUUUAGAAUUCACGUAGACAUGUAGAAUUACACUGAAGGGCACUGAUUGACUUCUCUGUCAAAUACAUUAAUGAUCAUGAGAAAUCCACCAUGAAAAAAAUUAAAAACAACUUGCAGGGGCAUAGCCUGCAAUCUGGCAAUAUAUACAAGAGAUAAAUCUGACUUGAGUAAAGCUGAGCAGAAUUGAAUAUGGUAUAUUCUGUGGCAAAAAAAAAACAUACAAAACUAACCUACUCUGACACACAGUUGUUGUUUUUUCUUUAGUGUCAAGGAAAAAGAAACAACUGAUAAGAGUUUCUGAUAAACAGAGGGGCAAUUUCUCAUUGUACUAACAGACCUGAAGAGAGUGGUAGAAGAAUGAGGAAGUACUCUAGUAAAGCAUAAUCACAGACUGAGAACACAGGAAGGCAGUGGGUUAGUUAGUUAGACAAAGGGCAUUUGACAACUGCUAUUGCUGCUCCAUUUGCACAUCAGAUAUGAUGACUAGUAGCCUAUGCCAGAAGAGAGUUCUCUAGUGGCACAAAAAUGUGAUGACCCCCGUACAGAGAGCGAUUCUGAAAUAAAUGAAAUCGAGGCACCACUAGCAGAACAGACUAAAUAUAUAACAAUGCUUCAAUUACUGAUAAGUGUUGAUAAAUGAUCAUCAGCUAGUUAAUUUAUCUAGUCAAGAAUUUACAACUUAGAAACUGUCUGACCAACAUGGUAGGCUAUUGUUUCUCCUUAUGUUUAGUGGCGGGAAAAUGUUUAAAGGGAUAGUUCACACAAAAAUGAAAAUUCUGUCAUCGUUUACUUUUUUUUUAUUUUGAAAAAUGUUGGUAUCCAAACAGUUGAUGGUAGCCAUUGAAUUCUAUCUAUAGUGUGAAAAAUAAAUAAAUCAAAAUCUACAGUCAACUGUUUGGUUACUAAGAUUUUUCCACUUUUGUGUUCAACAAAGAAAGAAAUUCAUACAGGUUUGGGACAACUUGAUGGUUAGUAAAUGAUGACAGAAGUUUGUCUUGACACACUUUUCUGGUUUUAACUGACAUCUCUCUUUACCACAGACAAACAACAUGAAGGUGAAAAGAUGUUUAAAGCUGGUUUCUACCUUCUACGGCCUCCUCACUUUGGCUGGGGGCGCGACUGCAGGAUUCGGUAUAUGGUCACAAAUAAACAAAAAAACAUCUGAGUUGUUAAACACAAUCGAUGGUACUACACUCACCAUGAUCCUGUCGAUGGGGGCCCCGAUGCUGAUUGCUCUGGGCUGCAUCUUCGCUCUGAUGGCCUUGAUUGGCUUUUGUGGCACUUUGAAGAAAAAAAGCUGGAUGCUCUUGGUCUUCUUUGUCGUUGUGCUUAUCAUCUUUAUCCUCCAGCUCAUCGCGGCAGUGUUUAUCCUCCUCCCAAAUUCUGUGAAAGAAAAUGCCUUGAGCAGCUUAGGGGACAAAUUCGUUGAAAGUCUUAAGAACUAUGGCCAAGAAGACUCAUCAAUCACUACCAUAUGGGAUGAAACUAUGACCAAGCUGGAAUGCUGUGGAUACAAAGGCUAUGAUGACUUCACAAAUUCAGCUUCUGUAAAGAGGAACUCAAAAUAUCCCAAACCAUGCUGUGGUAAAGAUACAAAUUCAACAUGUGGAAAAAAAGAAGCUAAGAGCGAGAACAUGCAUGGCUGCGUUCAUGUGCUGUUUGAUGAAAAUAUACCCAUAUCUGGAGCUUUGUCAUUUCUGAUCGGCAUUCUAGAGAUUGUUGCCUUGUUUGUUUCGCUGAAAAUCUACCGAUGCUUGAGACGCUUACCUGAUCUCCCAGACCCUUUUGAAAAUAAUCUGUGAUAAACGACUAUUUUUUAUGAGUCUGUGAAAGUUCUUUGUGC